AUGGGCUUUAUUGAGAAGUUGCAAGCAAAGCUGGAGCUUUACCGUCUAGAGCAGCGUUAUGCUCGUCGCAAGCACCGGAGCACCUUCUCGGGCGUGCAGUAUGUCGACGGCGAAUACCAUUACUCCAGCGGAUCGAACUCCUCCACCGGCACUGUCUCCAAACAAUCCACGGGAGGCUACUGGAAGCCCCCAACAUGGGGAUCAUCCGGGGAUUCGCGCUGGCGGUGA